AUGAGAAGCGUAGGUAAGUGGAAUCCAAAAAUCGGCUUAACAACGUUUGAGCGACCUCGUCGCCUCUCUCUUUUCAUCCGUCCGGCGGUGCAUCCGCGCGGGAAGGCUAGUAGAGAGAAAGACCGCCCAGGCGAGGUCGUCUCUCCGCCUCUAGUGGCUUUCCCACGAGUUGUCACUGUUUGUCGUAAGGCGUUCGCCUUCUGUGUUAUGUUGUGCUACCGCGCAGCUUUUGCCCUAUUUCGAGUCGAUUCAAAUCCGUGUUUGGUGGUCAGUUAAACCUUCCUUUUUUGCCCUUCUCUGCUUUUCGCGCCUCUUAUUGCAGCUUAUUGACUUUUCUGAAGGUUCAUGUGGCUGGUCAGUAAACAUCGAGGAUAUUUGUAGCAUCUCUUCGGAAUGAUGUACUAAUUACUCGGCGCCAGCUGUGCGAAUUUGUCUAUUCAUAUAAAUGUCUAUUUUUUUCUAUUUGUUUGAAUAACAAUCUCAUUGAAAUUUUUUUCAUAGUUUUUUUCUUCCAAAAAUAACGAUAUUGAUCAUACUUGAAACAAUUGCGACUAUGAAAGAAUUUUUUUCAAAUUUUUUUGAAGAUUCUUCGAAACAAAAAAAGGAUCAAAAAAACCUGCAUUUUUUUCCUCUAAUUUCGUUCUCAAAUCUUCCUGUAAAAUCAAUAUAAUAAUCGAAUUUGAUUUAUGCUUCAAGCAGACCAAUAGGUAAUUAAAAAGACUAAUCUCCGCGUAUUCAAUGAGGUCAACAAGCCAAUAAUGAACAAGCUUCCAGUCGUUCUUUCGGAGCGGAUGGCUUUCCGUGAAGCUUUUUUUCCAAUGUAUUUGAGGAUUUUUCUACUUAUGGCUUUAUUUUUUUGUAUUAAGGUUCAUUCAGGUCUUGAAAAAAAUGUUCGAAUAAAAAAAUCGAAUAAAAUUUCAGACUAAAAAAAUAUGAAAUAAGGGGCGAAGGAGAUUAGAAAAAUUUCUCAGCUAUGUUUGUUUACAAUUUUUUUCUUAACGUUUUUGAUUAUUUUUUUGCCGAGGGAAUUAUUAUUUAUUUUUUUAAAUCUGUGGAAUAAAUUUUUUUAGUGUCGAUCAAAUAAAAAAAUCCGGCGCAUGAUUAGUUAUCAAAAUCCUAUAUAUCGGUAAACUGUAGAACAUGUUGAAAAUAAGCCGAGAAAAGUCAGAGAGUCAUCAAAAAGUUUUUUAUAUCAGUCUUACCAGUGGAAUUGUUUUUUUUGUUCUUUUCAUCGUACGCCCUGUUUCGGUUUAUCUUUGUCCCUCAGAUUUGUCUCAUUUGUUUUUUUUUUGGAACCCCAAGAUUAAUUGGGAACCUAAGUGAAACUGAUUAUCUUUUCUAAUUUGUCGUUUAAUUUGAAUUGCUAGCUUGAGGGCUGAAAAAGAAAUUCAGAGGGUGCCGCGGCGGAUGAGUGUCGACUCUUGAAUGAAGCAGCAGAUUGCCGCGAUCGCAAGUGUUCUGGCGUGCGCCUCCUGCAUGAAGUUCUCCAGCUACAGGCCUACCGAGCAGUACAAAUGUGGCGCCUUCUUGCGGGAGUCCCGUCGCGAAGCUACAGUACUCGGGACUUACUACCAGUUCGUCGAUCAGUUCAUUGCCUGGAUCUCCUCGCCGUUUCCCCAUCAAGGUCCGUUCUUUUUUUUGCAUUCAAUUUCCUGUUUUGCAUCUCUCCUUUCUUAUUCUUUUAAGAUGAGACAGUUUUGGUGUCCGAGAUUGAAGGUCAAGUAACAGGCACUGUCCUCUGUUCUUUUUGAAGAGGGUCAAAUGUACAGUUUUCAGUGUAGACGUUUUCCAACCAAUUUCAAUCUAGUACACUCCUAAAACUUCGAAGAAAACUUCAUCGUGUUCACGCGACAUAGUAAAAUAUUCAUAAAUUUUUCCCGUAUUUUUUCUCGAAUCUUUUUUUUUUAAUAACAGAUCUUCAUUUUAAAAUUGCCAAAAAGUUGUUGGAGCCUUCCUCAAUGAAGAAAUAAAAUGGCAUUUAUCUUAGAAGUUCUCUCAGGAAAUGUUUUUUUUCAAUGUUAAAACUCUGAAAAUAGCUUUUUCUGGAAGUAUCCUCUACUGAGUGAAUUUCGGAAAGAACUCUGAAAAAAAAACGGCGCGCCGACGACUGUUGGACCGUGCACAAACAGGUGGUGUACACACGCGUAUUACCCCAUUUUAGUUGCAAAGGCCGAUUGGAUUGCAACGAGAUGCCGCUAUUAACGCUCUUUCUCGGGAAUUUCUCUCCAGAUAUUGUCAGCGCAGCGGGUGGCGCAAAUUGAGAACUCUCUUUCUUGAUAUCAUAUUCGUAUAUCCGAUUUUAUAGACUUUCAACGAUGACAAGAUAGGUUCGCAAAAAUGAGUAGUUGAAAUUUCCAGAAAACCCAGUAAGUUCGGAAAGGUUUAGGUCAAACAGACCGAACAUCUAUCAUCGGAAAUUUCAUUGUUCGAGGAAGAUCUGGCGACUCAGGACAUUCUAAGUUGACUAUAACGCUUUAAGAGAAAUCUGCAAAAUUUCUUGAAUGCCGAGAUCUGAGGCCUGAAAAAUCGUUUGCCUUUAACUUUGCAAGAAAAGAGAAAUCUCAUUUUUCCAAAAAAAAAAGUGAGCUGUGUACUUGACGCCUUCAGAAGGAUGAAGGAAAAUUCGAAGGUUUUGAGGAGGAAGUUCUUCUUUUCUAUUUGGAAUUAAUUUCCUCUUUCUAAACCCAUUCACGUUCUGAAGAGCGUUUCGUGUGGGGCGAAUUCCCAGGCGGAUAUGUUGCGCAAUUGAAAAUAAGUAAUGUUUUGAAAGACAAACGACGCAAGAAGAAUCCACUCGAACGCUUUGGGUUGAGAAAGUUGAAAAUGAGAAAUGUUCAGUUUUGCAAUAGUUUCCAAACAGAACAAAAACCUUGCAUCUGUCACGUUUCAUAUAAAAAUAUUGAAAGAAAAAAACAGUUAUUUUUUUCUUCUAGUCCAAAAAGAUUCUCCAGUUACAGCACACAUUUAGCCGUUGUCUGAAAUUGGAAUAACUGCAGCUUAUUAGUUAAUUAGGUAACUUCAGACUUGUUUCCUCCGUAGAAACUUGUAUAUGCAUAGUUUUUGUGAAUAAAUAAGGUAAUCGCGCCACGAGAGGUUGUGGGGUUUCCAACGCAAACACUUGACGCGCUUUUGGUUCAGUUUGGUUGCCGGAACUGAGAUGAAUUUCGAACGGAUAUUCGUUCAGUUGACGUCCAAAACGCCCAGAUUUUGUGCGUUAAAAGCGUAUUUAAAGCUUGGAGAGCAACCCACAUAAUCCAUCUUUUCAAAUGAUGUGCAAGAACUUCUUCAAGAAGCUGAAAAAAUAUAAGCGGUUUUUUUUGCAUAAAUAAAUGCUUGAAGUAUCUUCUUCAUAAAAAAAUCCCAUGAAAUCAUGAAAUUUGCCUGCAUCGUUGUCUAAAUGAAUUAAAUUGAGAAAAAAAUUUGUGUUUUUUUCUUCCAUUUUUUUGAACUCUCUCGACUGCUUUUUUUCAAAAAGAAUUUUUAGGAUGUGCAGAUCGCUUCAAGUUGCAAAAAAAUUUUUUUAAACAAUUGUUAGUCUUUUGCUCGCAAUUGUUUAUUAUACUUCGUUUAGAAUAAUUUCGAUAAAAUUUCAAGAUAAUGAAUUCUUUUAUUUUUCAGAGAUUCUGACGAAGCAAGCUCUGCUCGGAAACUGGGAUGAGAUCCAAGAUUCGUUAGAAACCAAGUACUGGCAGGUGGGACUUUUUAUUCAUUUUUUUUUGCCCACUGACUGCCAGAGUCGGUGGCCCAGUCGUAAUCUGAAAAAAAGCGUUUCGGGGAGAUGGUUGGAACGGGAAUGUCAGAAAUGUAGAUUUUAAUGGUUUCUUUCAGUCACCAAAAAAAUUUUCCAUUAUUUGUCUUCAUUUUGUUGAAUUUACAGAAAGGCUACCCACAAAAAUAGUGAAAGAGCGGGUUAAAAAGUAGGUUAAGUAGUUUUUUUUCAGUAUUUUCUCCCGAAACUAGGAGUGAAUAGAGUGAACUUAUUUCUCCCAAUCGCGUCUCAGUUAUUCUAAUUCAAACUUUCAAAAAAAUUUUUAAAGAUUACAUAACAUCCUUUUUUCCUAAGAUCCAUGAUUCACUCUAGAUGAGACUUCAGUUCUCGUCACUUUCCAAGUAUUUCGAGUGUGUCUCAAUCAGCAAGACAGGUUACGCCGAAUGCCAAAAUUUGAUUGCUCCAGCGGCCGGAAUUAAGCGACGUCGGCCAAAUCUGAGAGGAAAACACGCUCAACGGCGCUGACCCGUAGCUGGAAUGCGAGCUCGCCGCCAAAACAGUAUUAGUUGGGUUCUGAGAGUCGCUUGCUUGGAGGGAACUUUCAGCUUUACGCGACGCUCUCAAGCUUUUCCGCUAAAAACAGGAAAAUCACAAUUAAUUUAAGAGGGAAUACGAAAAUUACUAUGGAUUCGAAGUAAGGGGUUUUAAAAUUAACUCUAAAUUUAUUUCCAUUAUACGCGAGCUUUUUAUGCUUUUAGUCUUGCUUUAUUCAGGCAUUCAACGCUUUUUUUUUCAAAGAAUUAACCAAAAAGUUGCUCCUUUCAAACCCUUUUUUAAAAAAGAAUCCUCAAGCAAGUUGCUAUACACUUUUGGAUGAAGAAGAAUGAAUACAAUACCCCCAAAAAAGAGAACUUUUUCUUAUUCACACUUUUUGUGCGUCAGAGUAUGAUUCAUAUGAGAAAAGUUUACCGUUUUUGAUUAACUAAAAAAGAAAAUGGAUUGCUUUAAGCUUCUGGUUACAUCUUAAACAUGAUUAUUUGAUUUUUUGUAAGGAAAUCUUUUUCUCAUUAUUGCUAUUACGGUUUGAAGGUCUCAGCUUGUAGAGCUUUUCACUUCCGAUUUCGACAUUGGGGCAAUUUUGAGACUAUUUUCAUUCAGUGAUCUUUGAAAUUUUUGUCUCGCAGUAUUUUUUUCUGAGAAACUGAUGAGGUUGAGCGCCAAAAGAGCCGCGAGUUGAAAGAAGAAUCGCCGAGUUGUUUGAGCUCAGCGCACGGCUCGUGUCGAAAUCCCGGACGGCGCACGCGUACGCGUUUGUACAAUUGUUAUCUGCUGUCAGCUCAGGUCGCGAUUUACUUUCUCGGCCACAUCGUUUGUCUUCGGUAUUAUUUGGCGCGUCGUGAGAGUAUUGGGAGUUUUUUAAGGGAACAAUAACUGUUGAAUAAUACCAAGAGGCCUCUGAUUUCGCCGUCCAUCACACGAGAAAGGCAGUCGUGAUAGCAACCAAGUAUGAGGGUUCUAGAUAAAAAUGGCUUCUUACUUUUUUCGGAGCUAGCUGAGGAUAGAAACAGUGCGGUGCACGAUUAUAAUGAAAGAAUCCUGCAGUGAGCCGUUCACAGUCGAGGGAACUACUUUUGAAGCUAAUUAGUCUCACAUAGUCGAUUCACAACAUCUUUCCAGAUAAUUUCAAAAAGUGAAAAUGUCCCGAUAGAUAAAGGUCUUUCCAAACUUUGAAAUAAUUUAUUUGUUAGCUUGUGACGGGUCAGUAUUUAUUUUUCCCAAAUUAAAUGAAUGGAAUAUGAAACUCAAGGAACUUUACUCAUGAAAAGAUAGUAGAAAUUGUUUUCCAAAAUAAGUUCUAAAAAUGUGGAAUUUCAUUUUAAAGAUCAUAGUUUAUUUUUUCAGUGCUUUUUCAGUGCUUUUUCAACGCUAUCAACUUCUUCAAAACCUAUCGAAAGAUUUUUGUUGUUUUAAUUUUAAUAAACCUAUCUCAGCUUUAUACUUUCACUCUACGACCUUACUUUGUUUGUACUAUUAUAACUGGAAGUUCCACGGCUUUGCCAAAAGGCAACAAACGAAUGUCUGCGAAAUUUGAUACUUCUGGAGUGCAAUACGGCGACGAAAUGACCAGUUCAUCCGGGGCUGCGUGUUUACCUUCCUCGGUUGGGGGCGAAGCGGUGGACGGCCGCUUUUUUUGUGCCCAAAAAAGUGAGAAACCAUCGGGGAUGAUUUCCAAGCGGCUCAUUUCUCAAGUUUCUGCGUCAUCGGUGGCGAUGAUCGGGCUUUGGGGACAGAAAGACGUCGGCGGAGUUCCUGAAGCGGUUUUUAGAAAAAAAGAACGGCUCAGACGAAAUCAAUCAAGAAAGAAACUGGAAGCUUAAUUAUAAAAAAAUGUGUCGAGAAUCAUGUUUUGAAAUAGAGAUGUGAGAAAAAAGCCUCAUUCAGCAAUAAUUUGGCUGGAAAAAGGUCGGUGCACUUCAUAAGAAACAUUUACAAGGAAAGAAAUGUUUAUAAUCACAUUCAAACCGAAAAGAAAACGUCCGUAAAUUUUCAGUGAAUAAAAUUUUCAGUGGAUCGACUGGCAAAGAGGAUGGCUACUUUUCUCCUUGGGAAUUGUCGCGUUCAGCAUAUUUUUUGUUUUUUUCUACAUAUUAUACAGGUAUUUUCACAUUAACUAAGCAAAAAUUAAUCAUUUUUUUCAGAAUAUGCUCUUACUGUUGUUCAAGUUCGAUGAAAAAACAGACGACGGACGCUCGUUAUGAUGCUUGUAAACGGAAUAUUCUCAACUUUUCCGCCUUUCUACUCAUUUUUUUCAACGCGUUAGUGCUGAUACUCUAUUCCUUUUUAAGCUGGAGGCUAUAUUUAUAUACGGUAUUUUUACGCAAAAACGAACAAAAACAUUUUUUAGCCUUUCAAUUUCUUUUAGUCCGAAAGUAGGGACCGCAGACGAAUUUUCAAAAAUUUUUUUUCAGCAUCGAGCUUUGUAUGGUUCGAUAGCUGUUUCGAUUCAAAAACUCAGAACCGUUUAGUUUUUUUCAAAAAAAGAUUGAGGAUGAAAAAAAGUUAUGACGGAAAAUGUGGCGCGCCGCGCACCAUUUUUUUAGUACUGAAAUUUUGGUAUUAUCCAUUUUUGACAUUUUUCUCGAUUUUUCUUCUAGAACAAGUUUUGAUACUGGUCUAUUAUGAUGUAACAAAUCAUAAUAGAGUGCUAAAAUGAUGCUAAUCAGCUAGUUUGCCGAAAAAGUCGGUAUUUUCCAGAAAACAAAAAACUGCCGCUUGCGGGCAUCGAACUCGCGACCUCAAAAUGAAAAAUCGCAGCGCACGCGCUGCGCCAAGCUGUUAAGUCUAGCGAUGGGAGCUUCCAUCCGCCAUACCCUUGAGCCGUUUGAAUAGCACAGAUUGCCUAUUUCAAAAAGAAAAUCUUGAAGUAAUUAAGAUAUUUUUAUCAGAAUAUGUUCGCAAAUCUUUACUCAAACUUUCCGUGAAAAUUCACUUCGAAAAAACUGUUUUUUUAGUGCUUUUGGCCUCGUUUAACGAUCGCUGCCUUAAAACGGCCCCGUAAAUUUUUUUGGCAAAGACGAAUUUUUUUAUUUUUAUUCUUUUUAAUUGAAAGAUUUUUUUACUAAUAAAUGUAUAUAAUCGUUUGAAAAAAACCUGCGUUCGACCGCUUUCUGUGUGAUAAACGCCGCUAAUUUUUAUUCUCUAGUUUCAAGAGCAUUUUUUUGCGUAUUAAACAACUUUUUUUCAAGCAAAGAUGCUGUAGAGAAAUAUUUAAGUAAGCUCAUGAUCUAAAUUUUUGAAAAAAACAAAAAAACUCGAUUAUAUUCGCUUAUUAACGAUAUUUUUGAAUUAUGACUUUCGGCACUCCCUAAAAAUUUUUUUGGCAAAGACGAAUUUUUUUAUUUUUAUUGUUUUAAAAUUACCGUUACUUGAAUCAAAAAUCAUUAUUUAAAAAAAAGAAAGAGUGCGUUCGACCUAAAAAAACACAUGAAAAAAAGCAAAAAAACGACAAAAAUUUUUUUAGUUCCAUUCACGUUUUUUUGUACGACAUUCCGCGCGAACGCAUCAAAAAAAGCGUGAAAUAUUUUUUUAAACGAAAGAGGAAGCUUUUUUCUGUACAAGUGUGUCAAAUUUUAUUUGCCAGUUCCACAUAUUUUACAACUACAGCAAAAAGAAAGUUGAAAACCAAAAAAAAGCCACUUUUUCUAUCGCGAAAAGGGGCGUGGCUUUGCGGUCCCUAGUCCGAAAGCCUUUAAGCCUUUCAAUUUCUUUUAGUCCGAAACUUUCAGUUUUCGAAAGCAGAUCACAUUUUUAAUCUCAAUUUCAGGAUGGUCGUGACGGUUUUGGUAAUAUCAAGCAUGUACGCUCAUCACGGGUUGGAUCAGCUUCCAAAUCGUGUGAAUCAGUGCAUCGACGAUUUGAAUCUGUACAAAAGGGAUACUGACAUGGUUCGUGUUAACAAUUUUUAUAUGCAAACAUUUUUCAUCCUCUCUAACUAACAAUGGGAUUCUUGGAAAAGAUUAGCAUUUUAUUUGAAACAAUCUUGACUCGAAAAACAACAAUCUGCUUCGGCCUUUUUUUAGUUCUUAUUUUUUGAACUUUUGCACCAAUAGCUCUUUAAGUAAACUUGGAGCAAUCGAAAAGCUAACUCUAGAUAAGUAAGCAUUUGGAUGAUCCAUUUUUUCUCAAAAACUUUCAAAAAUUUACGACAGUUCUUCCUGAACUUAAGUCUGAGUUUUUCAGAGGAUUCGCAAGCUUCUGAUUGACGAUUACCAAACCUUGAACCUAACGAUCACGGAUCAACUAUCUCAUGCCGGACAUAACGUAGUAGACCGUGUGAAAAGGCUUACUGGGGCCAACGUCAUUGACGUAUUUUUGAACGUCAGCAACGGUGAGCCGAGAUUCCGGUCGUCAAAUUAUUUAUUUAUUAUUUUGAAGGAGCUCAAGACAUGAAGUCGACCCUCGGUAUGGUGCAAUCGCAAGUCAAGGAGCUGAAUGACGAAGGAAUCCGCUUUGAAGUACGGACUCCUUUUAAUAAAUUACAAAAAGAUAUCUUUUCAGAGCGAGUUUCAUCGUCUUCGGAACACAGCCAACGAAGAAAUAGUGAAAUGUGUGGAGAAUGAGAUGGAACCGAUGAGAAGCAUGUGUGCUAGAGCCGAAAGACUUCUAGAGAAUUUAUCUAUCAGUAAAUUCAAGCUUCAAGAUGUAUCAGCUUUCCAAAAACUUCAUUUUUUCAAUUUACUUUUUAGGAGCUUCUUUCGCCGGAAACAGAAGAAGCUUUGCAGCAAAUACUUCAAGCUAACAUAUCUCGAUUGCUUGGCGAAUCUAAUAGACAGUUUGAAAAUAUGGAGACGGCCAUUCAAAGUGAAAUCGAUAAAAAGACUCAUGGUGAAUUUUUUUUUGUUUCAAAAAAAAAACGAUUGUUUUCCUUAUGAAAACGAUUUUUACGAAAAAUUUCAGAACAUUAUAAUCGUGAAUUUUAAGAAUUCUAGAAAGAAGGGGUGCCGAAAAACUUACACAAAAAAGUCAUAUCAGAAAACGUGGCCCCUCUUUUAAUAUUCUCAAGUUUCAGCCGCACAAAACAUGCUGAAGCAAAUCGGCGACGAUCUUUUUGUGGUCGCUGAAACGAUUUCCACACAGUUACGCCAGAUAAACUUCGAUUUGCUCUACAAUGGCGUUUCACGGAUGACUGAGUUGAAGAAACAAACGCCGUUCAAAUAUUUCGAAUACAGGUUCCUCCGUCCUGAAACCUUAGCAUUACAAAGAUUUUAUGCAGUUGGAUAGGAUCAGUGACAAUAGCUUCGCUGAUUAUUCUUCUCAGUCUCCUUUUCCUGAUCGGAGUUCUAUGUGGAGUUUGUGGCCGUCGGCCCUCCUACUACAACGACGACUGCUGUGUUCGUACCACCGGUGGCAAGUUCUACAGCUGGUAUAGUUUCCAGAUUAUUCCUAGAAGAUUCUUGGGUUUUCAGUGGAAUUUGGCUAGCAGUGCUCCUCUUUGUCUUUUUGGCACUCGGCACGGCUAUCCUGGCUUUUGCUGUUGGUAACGUCUCCAGUCUGGUCUGUCAGCCAUUGAGAGAUCCUCUGAACCGACCGGACAUUAUGUCGGUGAGUAAAAACUACAGCCCCGAUUUUUCAGUAUUAGUAGUGUUUUGUCAAAACUUUUCCUCUCGAAAAUCGGGUCUGUUUGAAGUUUUUUGAAGCCACGAAAAAAGGAUUUAGAUUUUCAGACGUUAUUGAGGACAAAUAAAAAGUGUUCAACCAAAAAUAUUUCUUAUAAGAAGUGAAUUUGGGACGUUGUCAAUAACUAAGUAAUGCCGAUUCUAGAUCGAAGUUAUUACAAAUGUGCUUUCAGACGAGUUAUGAAGUCUUGAAUUUUUUUUUCUGGCCUUGUGGCUUAGGAAUAAGUUUUUGGCGUUUUCGAAAAAUUAUAACUAGAAAGCGAAAGAGAAAAUAUGUCGCACUGAAAAUGAGGUGCAUGGAAAUAAAUGAAGGCUGAUUUUCUAGCACCCCAACAAGUGCAGAUACCAACUAUAUAAAACCAAGAACAGCUAUAAAAUUGUUUGUUGAACAUUAUUGACUAAAUCUGCGCUCAAUGAACUCAUUCCUACCAAAUCAUUUUCAGCUUUCUGAGCGAUAUGUCGAAAUUUGGCGCGAAAAACACCGUCCCAGCAAUGACAUCCAAGCAAUUUUGGACCAAAGAUCGCCGGCAGACAUCAUUCGAGCAUGUCAACGGAAUGAGACCCUCUACCAUAUCUUCGAAUUUGACAAGAAAUACCAUCUCAACCAGCUCAAGGUUCCUAUUUCCUAUCAAAGCCAUAAAACGAUAUCGAUUUCCAGGACUUUGAGAAGGAAUCUUAUGCUCAGCUGGAAAAUUUUUUGAAAAUUUCCAUGAUAGAACUACCUGAAAUCAGACCUCUAGAUGUCAUUAUUUCGAAGUCAGAAAUGGAAGAUCUUGAAAAACUUGCUAAGAUGAACGUUUCCAAAGUCAGCCACGUCGCCCUCGACACUGUGAGCCGGGAUAAGAUUUAUCUCAUUGAUAUAAAUAUCUAGAUUAAAAAGGCCAUAGAUGAAUUGGAUCUGGUCACAAAAACUCGAGAAUUCGAAGAGAGUUUGGAUGAUAAUGCUGGAAGACCAAAAGCUGUGUCUUUGGUGAGAUUUAGAAAGUAGAGAAAAAUGAAUAAUAUUUUAUUAAGGUACUCGAGCAAAUUCAAGAAAUUGAUACCCAAUUCGCAAAGCCUCUUCGAAAUCGGCUGGAAUCUCUCUACAAAAAUAUUACCCAUCUGGAUGAGAGGUAAUAAUAUAACUCUUUAAAACUGUUUUGUUUGUUUCAACUGUUUUCCCACGGAGAAAAAGCUAAAAAGUUGAAUUAUUUUUCUUCAAUUAUCAAUAGUCAAGUGGAACUCCAUCACAAAGGCAAAAAGUUUUUUUGUUAGCACAAAAAAACGAAAAAAAAGAAGAAAAAAAAUAAAACUCAUAUAAAAAUCCAACCCAAAUAAAAAAAAUUAGGAUAAUUCUUUGUUUAAAAAUUUUUUUCAGACUUACGGAAUUACAAGUGCCGGUUUCUUCCUUGUUGGUGAAACUACAGCACGCCCAGGCGCUUCUCUCCGAAAGUGUCAAGGAACAUUUCAAAAGAGCCGCCAAAGAAGAACUAGACUUCAUGGUCGGCCACAUUGACCACUACAUUUUCCAUGUCCGGGAUCAGGUUUUCAAGUUUUGAGCGAACUUUUUCGAAAAAGCGGCUGCAGAUGCAAAAUGAAGUGUCUUCCUGUGAACCUUUGGCCCAAAUAGCUAAACACUCUACGUCUGCUCUUUGUACUUAUACUGUCGACACAUUUGUAAGUCUGCCUCAAUAUUAUGAUUUGAUCAGUUGUUCUUUUCAGAAUGGAACUUGGAUGUGUCUACUGAUAUUCCUGUUUUGCCUCGUCCCUAUCAUAGUUUUUCUGCACUGCGCUCAUUGAUCUCUACAACAAAAUGCAUGCAUUCCCCAAAUAGUAAAUUUUUUUGAUUUAAGAUAAUCAAAAAUCAGAAAAGAGGACGGAAAUCUGCACAGUUAGAGUGACAAAGAAACUAAAUUAAAUCUGUGUUUUCGAUUUAUUUUUUUAAGUAUGGAAAACCAAAUUCACCUACUAAAAAAAGAUAUAAGUCGAGAAGUAAUUUUUUUCAAAUUACUAAACAAGAAACAUAUCAAUAAAAAAAACUUAAAGAAAAAAAUUAAAUUUGGAAUUCACAUUUGUUUCAUUGAAAAUUUUGCAAAUUUCAAUUGGUUUCUGCUGAAAUUUUCCGAUCUGAGGAAAGAAAAUCAAGAGGCUACUUUUUUCCCACCAUGCGAAAAAAUCUGCAGUUUUGACAAGAUCAGACAGUUUCUCGGGUUUUCAGUAUCGUGGAGCCACCGCAGGAGUCGCACCACCUGUCGUCGUUCGUCACCGACACGUACGACACGAGACCCAAGCCGUACGACAAGAAAGAUUCCCUCACAGUUUCGAAACGAAUCAAGUUUUAGUGGGUACUCUAGCUACGCCUACACUGACGACUACCAUCGCACCUAUCGGUAG